GAGCCCCGAUACAGGCUUUGCAACUGGACGUGAAGUAAGCCUGUGCAAAUGAAUGACCUUCACUGGUGGAAACACUCAAUGCUGUUGAAGCGAUGAGUUAAACAUAUGAACUUCCCUCCCUGUUUUCCGCUCUUGCAGGGGAGUGACAUCAUUUUGCGGUGUGGACGCGGAAAGGGAGGGAACAGCCUAAGGCUGCAUUCGUCUCCGCGGAGGAGACAGAGACAGCGGGGAUUGCACAGCGGAUGCUGCGAGAGCGAGCAGUCGAGUAGGCUACCAAGACAGAUUACCACGAUGGACGGAGUGAAUUUUAUUUCCUUCCUUCUCCUGUGCUUGACCUCCGUUACCCACGGUAACAAAGCCAAUAAGCACAAGCCAUGGAUUGAGACAGAAUACCAGGGAAUCGUGAUGGAGAACGACAACACGGUGCUGCUGAACCCGCCACUCUUCGCCGUGGACAAGGACGCGCCUUUGCACUACGCAGGCGAGAUUUGUGGGUUCAAGGUUCACAGUGGGACCUCGGGCUCAGGUGCAGCCAAGUUUGAGGCGGUGGUUCUGGACCGGUCAACAGGGGAAGGGCUGGUUCGCUCUAAGGAACCUCUGGACUGUGAGAACCAGCGAGAGCACAGCUUUACUAUUCAAGCCUAUGACUGCGGAGAAGGCCCCGAUGGGGCCAACAGCAAAAAAUCACACAAAGCCACAGUGCAUGUGCGUGUCAACGAUGUGAACGAGUUCUCGCCGGUGUUCGUGGAGCGGCGGUACGAGGCGUCCGUGCCGGAGGGGCGUCUGUUUGACCGCAUCGUGAGGGUGGAGGCCCUGGAUGCCGACUGCUCCCCGCAGUACAGCCAGAUCUGUUUCUAUGACAUCAUCACUCCGGACGUGCCCUUCGCCAUCGACAACGAUGGGAACAUUAAGAACACGGAGCCCUUGGACUCAAAGCGUCAGAGGGUUCACACCUUUUGGGUGACCGCGUUCGACUGUGGCAAGAACCGCGCCCAGGCAGACGCCCAGGUCAUCGUCACCGUCAAGCCCUCCUGCAAGCCUGGCUGGAUCGGGUGGUCAAAGCGUGUGGAGUACAUUCCGGGGUCGGGCAGCAUCCCCCUUUUCCCCAGCCUUCACCUGGAGACCUGCGAGGAGACGGUCUGGAACAUUCAGGCCUCCAUAGAGCUGCAGACUGGCCACAUCGGGAAGGGGUGCGACAGAGACAGCUACUCUGAUAGGUCGGUCCGCAGGCUGUGCGGCGCAUUAAGGGGGGAAGUCGACCUGCUCCCGCCCCCUUCGCCUGCAGCCAAUUGGACAGCAGCCCUCCCCACCCUCCCUUCCUCAGAUUCGUCGCUAAUUUUCUCCUUCAAUGGCACAAACCAUGUUGCCGUUGUGCCAGAUGCAGUGGCUGCCACAGUGUCCGGUGACCACUUCACCCUGCAAUUAUGGAUGCGAAGAGGCGGAGCAAAUGCUCAUGCACCGACCAAUCAGGCGAGAGGGAGCCACCGAGAGGAGGAGACAGUCAUCUGCAGCACUGUCAGGAAUGAUGAUUCGUUCUCUCACUACUCCCUGUCAGUGCAUGGCUGCCGCUUGUCUCUGUUCUAUUGGCCUGAUGUCACCGCUGCGCGUCCCAUCAAGUUCCUCUGGAAACUGGAACAGGUGUGUGACAGCGAGUGGCAUCACCUCUCCCUGAGUGUCCAGUUCCCCUCCGUCACUCUCUACGUUGAUGGUGUGACCUUCGACCCCGCCCUCAUCCAUGACAAUGGCGCUAUUCCCAACCCCGCCCCCCAUCAGCGUGUGGUCAUUGGAGCAUGCUGGGAAGAGAAACCAAAGGAUAUUGUGAACAACACUAUUCCUGAGAGCAGAGACACAGGGAAGUUUGUGGGAGGUUACCGGGGGCUGUUGUCAGGGGUGACCGUGCGUCCAGGUAGUGUGGAGCCGCACAGCGUGGUGGAGUGCCUGUAUGCCUGCAGGGAGGGGCUGGACUUUGGUGACCUGGAAACACUGGGAUCAGGAAUGAAGGUGCAUGUAAACCCGAGCCAGUCCACGCUGGUCCUGGAAGGGGACGAUAUUGAGAGCUUCAACCGCGCGGUGCAGCAGGUCACCUACAGAAACUCCCUCCGCUUCGCCACUCCUGGGGUCCGCCCUCUCAAACUCACCACCUCCCUCAGGUGCUUCAGUGAGGAGAGCUGCCUUUCUCUCAAGCAGCUGGAGGGGUACCUUGUGGUCCUCAAGCCUGAUGCCCCCCAGAUCUCCCUGUCUGGCGUGGGACCCCACCUGGCCCGGCCCGCCCCCGAGUUUGAGGGGCCCCGAGGGAUCCCCCUGUUCCCAGAGCUGAGGAUAACCUGCUCACUGUCCCACACCGUCAAUACCGCAGCACAGGACAUGGAGGGAGGGGCUCUCAUGUCUGAUGCCGUGGCCCACACUCUGGAUGGCUGUGAGGUUCAGCCCCUGGGGGAGGAGUUAAACCCAGAGAGGGAGGAGCUUAUGGUGGACAUGGAGUCACUAAGAGAGAGAGGGUUGGACAUCAUCAACACGACGGCUUAUAUAGCAAUCACAGGAGCUGAGUCAAUCUCAGUUUACGAGGACGUCCUCCGCUCCAUCCGCUACCGGCUGGCCAAGGACUCCGCCCGCUUCGAGAGGCGUUUCCGCCUGUCCUGUUCGGAGAUGAAUGGCCGCUACACCAGCAACGAGCUCACCUUGGAGGUCAAUUUCCUGCACUCCUUGGACAGUCUGUACCACCCUUCACACCUUCUGGCCUCAGAGCAGCAGUUCCUUCACCCGUCCCGCCACUCCGGAGAGCUGAGCGGACACUCUCUCCCCAGCUCCCAGCACAACUCUGUUGUGCCAGGGGCGGCCACGGUUAUCAUUAUGGUCUGCGUGGGGUUCUUGGCUGUCAUGGUGAUCCUGGGAGUGUUCAGAAUCCGUUCCAUCCAUCGCCGUGGAGAUGGGGUCAGGGGCGGAGAAAAGGAGGGCGGCGGCCAAUGGGAUGACUCUGCACUCACCAUCAUAGUUAACCCCAUGGAGACAUACGAGUCAAGGAUGGGCGUGGCCACUGAUGUGGAGGGAGAAGAUGAGGAAGAUGAGGAAGGGGUGGAGUCACCUGGCGAUGCCAGUGAUGAUCAGCAAAUCAUCAUCAAGAAGGAAGGGAGAGACUCUGUCCCCCGGCGUUACUGAGUCAAUCACAGCCCAUUCACUACACACAACCACUACAACACAGAGUAUAUAUAUUCAAACACGUACAACCACACACAAGUAUGCCACAGCAGAAACAACCAUAGAGUGUACAUUCAUAAGGACUAUGCAUGACGUGCACAAUGCUACUCAAAAUCAAUGUUGUCCAAUGCACAAAUAGUGUUAACAGCUCAGCACUGGCUGCUUGAAACAUGCUGUAUACCACACAAUUAGCUGACCUACACUACACAUUAU